AUGGUGGUCUCACUUGAAGAAGACGUGGCAGGCGAGUUCGAAACUUUUGUCAAGGACUACAUUAACCUUCAUAACUGCUUCGGCAUUGAUUACCAUGAUAAGCGACGAUCUUUUAUUCCACAGCCUGCUCUAGCUGAGUUUUGGAGCACAGAAAAGCUCAGCCAUGUUCUGUCGAAAGUGCCUGGGAUUCAGACGGAGUCUUGGAAUGGUGCUGCUGUCGAGGAUUACCUCGCGGUCUUCUCCGUUCUCGUUCUUCUUCGGCGACAUGAAACAUUUGGGCACUUCACUCACGCAAAGCUCAACGAUCAAAAGCUUCCCUUAACCACACCGGAGGAUUACCAGAACAUCGAUCCACAGCUGGAGGCUAUACUCCCGGAGUUUAUCAAACUGCAGUGGCAGUUUUGCCCUUUUUCUUUCGACAACGGCUCUGGUCACAUACCAAGACAUUUAAACCUCCAGCCUGACAUCAUUCUUCCCAUUCUGCGGAAAGUAAGGUUGAAUGUGAGCGAACACAGCUACCAAACCCAUGGACUUGCUACUAUCUACAAGGCUGAGCUGCAUCCUCUUUGUGGGCGACCCGCAGACACUGUCGUUUUGAAAGAAUACCAUGAAGGGAAUGAACAUGCGAAGAAGCUCCACGAGGCCGAGCGGAGUGCGUACGCGCAGGUUCAAUCUAGCACAGUUGCAAGUAUCAAAACAUGCUACGAGUCUUUCGAAUUAUGUGGGCGCAAUACGUUGGUAUUGGAGUAUGCUCCAGGAGGCACACUUCGCUCGACUUUUGAGGAAGAUAGACCGCCAGUGAAUGACUGGCAGCGCGAGCGAUUUUGGACAAGGAUCUUCGGUUUGUUGGAUGGAUUAUCCGCAAUUCAUAAACUCGCCGCUCGCGAAAAGCUGAAAGGAUCCCACGGGUUCGUCAGACCACAGAGCGUUAUGAUCUGCGGCAAUGUCUCAAAGGAUGCCAACGGCGCUUCUUUCAAAUUCGCAGAUAUGGGGUCAUCGUAUUUCAGCGAACGAGUUAACUAUGCGCAGCGCGAAUCGCAUGGCACGGUACCCGGAGUCGACACUUCUCGCACUAUUGUGGGCGACCUCCAGGACUUUGGUGCCAUAUUGAGCGAAGCUCUCAUUUGGUCGGUGUUCGGUGAAACAGGCCGCAUUGCUUACAAGAAGGAGCGAAUUGCCAACACACAGCUUCGGGUUUUCGACGUUGCCGAACGCUGGCACAACCGCACUAUCGAGGCAACAGGCGGUGUUGCGAAAGCUCUGAGUAGACUUAUCCUAGAGUUGGUGAAUGCUACCGGUCCCUCGCAGAUAGGCAACUACACUUCUUUCCUGGCGAAGUGGAAAAGUGUGGCCGCUAGUUUGAGGACAGACAACAUUCGGAGCGACCUGCCAGGAAAUAGGCCGCCAUGUUGGCCACGUUCUACGCAACCUUUCAUGUUAUUUGGUCAAGAUAACGCCAAAAACAUAGAGCUCGAUGGUGUUACGGACUCAGGGUAUCAUACAUUGUCCAGGGGCGAUGGCCCAAGCACCGAGGACGCAGGAACAACGAACAUGGAUUUCGACGACAAUGCAACAAUAAUGACUAACAAUGAGGCAUUGAACUUGACGCCAGACGAAAAGGAUCAAGGAGUCAACGAGUUUGCGGGGCAUCUCUACAAUGCUGUCAAAUCAGACCUCGAUGUCGAAGCUUGCAAUCCUGGUCCUGGGAGGAGUAUGCUCUCACUGUUAAAAGCCUUUUCUGUGAAGCUCGCCGCUGCUGAACCGACAGAUGAUGCAAAGUACAUCAGCACUUUCGUCAGGGCCCACCGCAAGUAA